AUGGAGCUUUUCCCACGGAUUGACAAACUUGCCGAUGGCAAGUUGGACUUUAAGCUGUACCGGUACACGCCUUCGUUUCCUGCUGCCAUCGUUGCCACCGUCAUCUUCGCGAUACUUUCCUGCCUUCAUCUAUGGCGCCUCUACAAAGCCCGAGCCUGGUAUUUUAUUCCGUUCACAAUCGGCGGUGCUUUCGAAACCAUCGGUUACGCGGCGCGAAUUGUAUCCCAUAAUAACAAGGAUUCUGUGCCUGCCUACAGCGUCCAAGCAAUUCUUAUCCUCGUCGCGCCGGCUCUCUUCGCCGCGUCGAUCUACAUGAUCCUCGGCCGAAUCAUCAUCUCCCUUCGAGCUCAACAUCUCUCAUUGAUUCCCGUUCGAUGGCUGACAAAGGUCUUUGUCUGUGGUGACAUCGUGUCCUUUUCGCUCCAAGCAGCCGGAGGCGGUAUCCAGGCAUCCGGUACCAUCGAGGCGUAUGAUAGGGGUGAAAAGAUCAUCCUCGCCGGUUUGUUCGUUCAGAUUGUGGUGUUCGGUUUCUUCGUUGUUACCGCUGGGCUGUUCAACAGGAAGUGCCUCAAGAACCCAACAAUGGCCGCCAGAGAGAAUGCAUUCCCACGGAGACUCGACCUUAAUGUCUUGUAUACUGUCAGCAUUAUCAUCCUGGUUCGAAGCAUCUUUCGUGUCGUCGAAUAUCUCCAGGGCAACGGCGGAUACUUAAUUUCCCACGAGGUCUUUCUCUAUAUUUUUGAUGCUGUGUUGAUGGCUAUCGUCAUGGUUAUCUUCCUCAUUUGGUAUGUGGACCACCUUCAAUACAAAGAUGGCGACCAAUACGACCUUGAGCCUUGCGUCUUCGAUGAGACAACUUCUUCUUGA